GUUAAUCUUGUUUGACUAUGUUGACCUUCUGAAUGACUCUCCUUCCUCUGUUUUAGUAUCGUCACAAUCAUGGGCACGCUUACCGCUGAUUGCCCGCGUCUGGACGCGCAUUGUGACCACAAGCUUGCGACAUCAUGUCGAUUGACUUCCACACCCAACUGCUGUGCUUGUGCAGAUGAGCGGGCUCACAGUUUGACCUACAGGGUGUACAUUGAUGGUAUUGGUUUCGUACAACGAGGAACGAGGUGGCAAGGCUACUGUUGGUUCUGCAAAGAGUUCUGGAGCAAUCGCCUCGCAGCCACCGAACCCCCACUCGAGAUUUCUCAAACAUGCAUACCCGAGAUACCAGACCAGAAGGAGUUUCUCGACCGAUGGUUCGAGUUCCAUCAAGGCUACCGAAUUGCGAGGCGUCCUGAUGGCACCGAACAACGCAUUGCAGUUAUUGGAGAGCCUUUACAUGAAGUCAGUCCUGGUUUCCUACCGCGAACAUUAGACCAGCUACGAGCGGGCAUUGAGAACGAUGCAAGGAGACCAGAGAACAGACUGAGGCGGCGACGGCUGACGUCUGAAGACGAAAGGCCUGCUGGGCCGCAGCAGAGCCUAGAAGAUGCUCUCGACAGCCUGCUUGAGGCGGAAUCAGAUGACGAUAGCCCAGAUAACGAGACACCAACGACCCUGGAGCAAGUGGUUUCCAAUACCACUGAGUCACCGCAGCCGCCAGUGAACGAUUUCAUAGGGCCACUGAGCCUAGCUGCGUCGCGGCGGCAGCGAGCGCAGGAGCGAUUUGCUCGUGUCUUUGGGACUGUUGAAGAUGUGCAACAAGACGAUUACGAGUCACCGUUGUCGAAUAUGUAUAAUCGCGCAUGGAACCGCUAUCGUCAGGCUGAGGACUUACGCGCCGUUGGCGACACGGAAGCUCCUCCUCUGGAAGGUCUGUCAGUUCAGGUGCGUCGAGAGAUUGAAGAUCAGCUUCUGUGGGGCGUAAUGCGGGAGUCGCAAAUAGGCCAGGAGCCAGAAAGCAACGUCUGGAGCUACGCUCCCGUUGGCAGUAACCACAACCCUGAGAUGAGCGUUGGCAAUGUGACCAUCACUCCGCCUUGGGCGAACUUCCCGGCCACGAGCGCACCUCCGACCGAGCCUAUUGCGACAACACCCUCCUCCACGGGUGGUUUGUCAGAGGUUCGUCUGUCUCUCGAGCAGAUCACGAGCGAGCUGCAACGCCUGCGCUUGGCUUCAGAGGCAGUUUCCUCUGCUCGCCAUGCUUUGCACGCUCAUCGUGCGCCUGAACGACCUUUUCCAACCUUAGACAACCAGCCCGACCGACCACCACCGAAGACAGAUUUAGAGAUGACAAAGACCCUGGCCUGCCAGGUGUGUUAUCAGCAAUUGGCUGAUAUCGCUGUGUUACCCUGCGGUCAUAUGGUAAUGUGCGAAUGGUGUGCGGAUGUCGUCGUACCUGUCAAGCACUCGCAUAUACCAGUUAGGCCGUCGAAGUGCCCCAUGUGUCGAAAGCAGGUCAAGCAGAGAUUCAAGAUUCACACUGGUUGAUCAGUAGAUGCUUGCGACCACAACGAACCCCAGUACAGCAUACGAGCAACGAGACCUGGGUGACUACCAGCGACGGCGACGACUCGCUACGAUCGAACGCAGAACUAUACGAGCAGAAGUAUGAGUUGGAUCCGUGAGAGUACUGAGCAGACCAUCUAAAACUCGCAGGUAGUCCUGCCGAUGCCAUCGCUGAUCACCCUGGCGCAGGUAGUCUGCUCUGAUAGGCUCUUGCCCCGUCCUCGAAUCAGUAUCAGCAUGCUCUGGGCUUGCUUUCCGCUCCAUCAAGUUGAAGUUCGCGAUAGGAAGACAUGAUGAUAACGAGGCAUCUAGAAAAGUUCAAGGUGUUUCUGCGGAUCACAGAGCCAUCGAGGUCCGGCCCUUCUCAACGUUCGUGCCAAGUUUGUAUUCGAUGGGAUAAUUCAUAUUUGAGGUUAUCGGAACAAAGACAUUCUCGAUGAG